AAACAGGAUCAUUGAAGAAGUGCUAUGGUAGAAAGUCAUCUUAUUUUUGCACGGUUGAAUCUUUCUCCCAAGAUGUCUUCCCCGAGUUGGAGCCCCAUUGUUGGAUUUUACGGGAUGCUUUGCGUCUGGGCUGCCUGGCUCUCCGGCUGUGAGGCAGUGUUGUCUCCAAACGGGACCAUAUUUGAGGACAACUGCAAGAAAACGACAACUUGUGAGGCACUUAAAUACAACACAUGUCUGGGGUCGCCUUUACCGUAUACGCACACAUCUCUGGUCCUGGCGGAGGACUCCAGCACCCAAGAAGAGGCUUUUGAGAAGUUGACCAUGUGGUCUGGUUUGCGGAAUGCUCCUCGCUGCUGGUCGGUCAUUCAGCCUCUGCUCUGUGCCGUCUACAUGCCAAAAUGUGAAAACGGUCGAGUUGAGCUGCCCAGCCAGAGUCUGUGUCUGGCUACACGUCGGCCAUGCAGCAUCGUGGACCAGGAAAGAGGCUGGCCCAACUUCCUCACAUGUGACAAAUUCCCCGUGGGCUGCCCGAAUGAGGUGCAGAAGCUGAAGUUCAACAUGUCAGGGCAGUGCGAAGCCCCCCUGGUGAAGACGGACAUUCAGUCGAGUUGGUACAAGGAUGUGGAGGGCUGUGGCAUCCAGUGUGACAACCCUCUGUUCACUGUGGAGGAGCACAAUGACAUGCACGCUUACAUCGCUUACUUUGGAACCAUCACCCUCCUCUGCACCUUCUUCACCCUGGCCACAUUUCUUGCUGACUGGAAGAACUCCAACCGAUAUCCAGCUGUCAUUCUCUUCUACAUCAACGCCUGUUUCUUCGUCGGCAGCAUUGGCUGGCUGGCUCAGUUUCUGGAUGGAGCGCGCAAAGAGAUUGUGUGCAAGAGUGACAACACCAUGCGACUUGGGGAGCCGUCGUCAUCAGAAACGCUGUCAUGUGUCACCAUCUUCAUUAUCGUUUACUACUCCCUGAUGUCAGGCGUGAUUUGGUUCGUCAUGCUCACCUAUGCCUGGCACACAUCCUUCAAAGCUCUGGGCACCACCCAACAGCCGCUGUCUGGUCGGACCUCCUACUUCCACAUGGUCACCUGGUCCAUUCCCUUCGUCCUCACUGUGGCCAUCCUGGCUAUCGCUGAGGUGGAUGGAGACUCAGUUAGUGGGAUCUGUUUUGUUGGCUACAAAAACUACAGAUACCGUGCUGGGUUUGUGCUGGCACCUAUCGGAGUGGUGCUUGUUGUUGGUGGCUACUUUCUCAUUCGGGGGGUGAUGACACUGUUUUCCAUCAAGAGUAACCACCCAGGACUGUUGAGUGAGAAAGCGGCCAGCAAAAUCAAUGAGACAAUGCUUAGACUCGGGAUAUUUGGAUUCCUCGCUUUCGGCUUUGUUUUCAUCACCUUCGGCUGCCACUUCUACGACUUCUUCAACCAGGCUGAAUGGGAGAGGAGCUUCAGAGAAUAUGUGCUGUGUGAAGCAAAUGUGACAAUCGCCUCUCAGACCAACAAGCCAAUCCCAGAAUGCACCAUUAAGAACCGGCCCAGUCUAAUGGUGGAGAAAAUCAACUUGUUCUCCAUGUUUGGGACGGGAAUUGCCAUGAGCACGUGGGUCUGGACCAAAGCCACCAUCCUCAUCUGGAAACGCACCUGGUGCAAGAUUAUUGGCCGUAGUGACAAUGAACCCAAGAGGAUCAAGAAGAGCAAGAUGAUUGCCAAGGCGUUUGCGAUGAGGAAGGAGCUCCACAAGGACCCAGAGAAGGAGCUGUCAUUCAGUAUGCACACCGUGUCUCAUGACGGACCAGUGGCUGGAAUCAAUUUUGAGAUAAAUGAGCCGUCCAACGACAUGUCAUCAGCUUGGGCACAACAUGUGACUAAGAUGGUGGCCAGACGAGGUGCUAUCCUGCCUCAGGACAUCUCUGUUACUCCUACUGGUACUCCAGUGCCACCCCCAGAGGAGAGGAACAGGCUAUGGAUGGUGGAGGCUGAGAUUUCACCAGAAAUGAUGAAAAGGAAAAAGAAGAAGAAGAAGAGAAAGAAGGAAGUCCGUCCGGUGGAGGACGUAGUGGACCACCAGCCUUAUCACCAGCGUGAGUUUGGCCGCAGUUCAGUGCCCCGCCUGCCCAAGCUACCCUGCCAUCCCAGCCUGGUCGCCAAUCUGCGGGAACAGCAGAGGCAACAACAAAAGCUGGAGGAAGAAGUCCUGCCAGGGUCUUACCCAGACUUUCAACCCUCACAUCCUCUGUCCUGUGAGGAGAGGUGUCCCUACCCGCCCUACCAGAGUAGUCGGAAUCGCUAUGACCGCAGCUUGCACUCCAACCCACUGACCUUCAACGACCGCCCAGAGGAUCUGGGCCUUGGCCCACGCUGCCCUCCCCCAGCCUACACAUGCCAGCCCAGCAUAUCCUCCCGUUACCCCAGGGAGAUGAAUCUCACUGAUGGGUUGUCAGAGAGGUUGGCCCACGUGGCUCGGGUACCAGCAGGCCGGAGGGCCGGCUACGGACCCAUCCACUCCCGGACUAAUCUAAUGGAGGCAGAACUCAUGGAUGCUGACUCUGACUUCUAAGAGCAGAGCUCCAUUGUAUUCUGGCGGUUGCUUUGUGGUACACAGACAGUAAGCGAGAAAAAGUGCUGGAUACUUUCAGAUUCUUACUAAAGUGUGCCUAAUUCCCAGUUCCUGGAGGUGAAGAUGGAACUAAGCUAGUCAGUGUUUUAGUUUUCUUUUUCUUUGGGUUUUCGUUUUUUUCAGAAAAAGGGAAGGGAUAAAGAGAAAAAUAUGUUGUGAAUAAGUUAAUGAAAAUGUAUGAAAAGUAUUUUUAUACGUUAUUUGUGUCCAAUACAAUUUCAUUGGCAACUCCAUGAUGACAAGACAAAUGAGGCAGCUAAACUGUACAUGGCUUGAAACAAUACAGAUAUCUUUAUUCUGAUUCCUAUCAGCCCAGCCCUGCUUGUGACAGAAUUAGUCA